AUGGUAACUGUUAACGGGAAGAUCAUUCCUUUAACACACACGAUAUGUGCGUCAGCUGCAUUCUUAGUGGCUCUAGCCACUGGUUAUAGUCUACAUUUUCAUAAGAUUGUGGAGAAUGCCCACUAUGGAUAUCCUGAUGAAUGGUUUCCAAGUGUCUCAGCCACAAUAGGUGAUAGAUAUCCGGAGAGAUCCAUAUUUCAGAUCUUAAUAGCAUUGACAGCAUUCCCCAGAUUUUUAUUGCUAUUGGGUCAUUAUUACAUCAACCGUUCUCUUUCAACCCUGAUCAUAGGGACCAUGAGAACAGUAUCGUGCGGUGGUUGGGUGUACAUCACCAGUACUGACGAUCACGACGCUCACGAUAUUUUCAUGAUUGUCUAUAUUGUUCUAACUUUGCCAUGGGAUAUUCUAAUCUCUAGAUUAUCUAAAUUUAAGAAAAGUAAGAUAAUAAUGACUGUCACAUUUUUUGGUUUGUUAGCCCCAAUGCUAUAUCAGUACUAUCAACACCAAGUUAUGAUUGUACCUGGAGCUUACUCUAGAUAUGCCUAUUUCGAAUGGUCAUUAAUAUUUUUAGAUAUUGGAUUUGAUGCACUUGCCUAUCAUGAUUUUAAAACUAUUAGCAUUACUCUGUCACUAGAUAGCUUACUACAGUCCAAUUUCUUUUCGAGAAAUGUGGUAGAGAAGCAUGCCAAAGAAGAUAAUAUUAAGAUUAAAAAAGAAAAUUCUGAAACUGUUCAUCUACCUAAAGAAAAGGAGAUAGUAUCAACAGAAGAAAACGGCAAGUUAGUACCUUAUGAUUCAUGUCUUUACCUUGUCGUUAAUACUUUUAAUGCAUUCAUUUUUUGGUCGAAUUUAACAGCUUUGGUUUGCAGUAUAUGGCAUUUCCCAUUGUGGUACAUGGGUAUUUCCGGUUAUGAAGCAGCCAUUCUUGGAUAUACAGGUCCAAUUAUUCUUUAUCUACCUUUCGUCCAAUUCAUUAUUCGUAAACAUGGUUUUAUGCUGGGUGCAAUAAUUGGUGUUGGUUCGUAUGCAAUCCGUAAACCAGAGUCAAGAUUAAUUACUGUUUCUAUCGGUACUGCAAUUACUAUGGCCAAUUUUGCCUUGAAUCUAAUUAGAAUAUCAGAUUAUCAAAUUUUACGUUCUUACGUCUCAAGUUGGGUAUACGGUCUUGUCAUUUCAGUGGCUAUUAAGAUGCGCUUCUAUUCUAACAAUCCAAUUUGGCCAAUUUUACACGAUGAAAACCAAGGCUGGAAUAAGGAAGCUAUGCUUUUAAUUUUGAUUUCUAGUAUGAUGACACCUUAUGUGAACGAAAUCAACUUUGCUAAAUGUACAAUAAGCAAGCCAAAGAUUGGGUUUUUCUCGAAGUUCUUUAUCGCCGUUGGGUUUGGUUCAUUAAUUUUCAGCAUUCACCAAAUGUUUGUUGAUUCAUCAACAAUUAUUUAUUGGUCUUGGGAAGGCUAUAGUCAAGAAACUCAAGGUCCAUUGCAAUGGCCUUGGAGUGCUUUGACUUGUGCGGUAAUGCUAUUCGCUGCCUCCACUUCUUUUAUAUUUAUGAGAAGACCAUUUCUACCUUCCGUCAUUUUAACUUUAUCUACUGCUGUAUUAUACUCUAGUGAAGUUAAAGAAUGGCCUAAGUUUAUUGGUGGUUUAUUUUAUGUCGUUUCAGUUGUAUGGUUAAUUCCAAAUAUUAUCGUUGCUACGUCAGAUGCUAAAAGUGUUGCUGUUUUCGCAUUCGGUUUCUUACUAUACGUCUUUCUAGUCUUAGCACAUGUGUGGACGGUUGCCUACGCAUUUGUGCCAUUUGGUUGGUUAUUGAGAGAAAGAUUACAUGUUGUUUUGGCUAUUAGUACUGGUGGUAUUCUAAUUGGGACAUUCUUCUCUUCAAGGUCUAAGUCUAAGGUUCCAAUUGUUAUGAGUAAGAAAUUCAAAUGGCUAAUGACAUUAUUGACAUUAAUUAUUGCGGGUGCUAUCGGUGGUUUCUCCUAUCAAAUUAAGCCUACUGGAAUCCCACAACCUUAUCAUCCUGAUUCAAAGUUGAUCACCGCUGGUAUCUGGACUAUUCACUUCGGUUUAGACAACGACAUGUGGGCUUCUGAAGAUGGUAUGUCUGAAUUGUUCAGCGAUAUGGAGCUUGAUGUUGUUGGCUUAUUAGAAACAGACACACAGCGUAUUACAAUGGGUAACAGGGAUUUAACUAAUAAAAUUGCACAUGAUUUGAAUAUGUACGCUGACUUCGGGCCUGGUCCAAAUAAGAAUACUUGGGGUUGCGCUUUAUUGUCUAAAUUUCCAAUUAUUAACUCUACUCAUUACUUAUUACCAUCUCCUGUCGGUGAACUAGCUCCGGCCAUCCAUGCCACCCUUUUGACAUAUGAUGAUAUCUUAGUCGAUGUUUUCGUUUUCCACAGUGGUCAAGAAGAGGAUGAAGAAGAUAGAAGAUUGCAAUCUGAAGGUAUGGCAAAGAUAAUGGGAAGCACAGACCGUCCUGCUAUCUUAUUGAGUUAUCUAGUGACUGACCCACUGGUUGACAACUACAACAAUUAUGUCAGUGAGACAUCUGGUAUGCAUGACAUUGACCCUUCAGACGAUGAUAGAUGGUGUGAAUAUAUUUUGUACAAAGAUAUCAAGAGAAGCGGUUACGCUAGAGUCUCCAGAGGUACCAUUACAGACACCGAAUUACAAGUGGGUAAAUUCCAAGUUUUAAACUCUGAUCAAUUGCAAGAACAGGGUGAUUCUAUCUAUAACACAGAGUACAAUAAUGAAAGACAAUCAGAAGAUAUGGAAUUCCCAGAGAUGUUUUUAGGUGAGGGUGAAAGAGGUCAUCACUACCAUGUGUUCGAUGAACCAAGAUACUUCCAUUAA